CCCCCAGUAGUGAAAUUAAGCAGCAUCCAACACAGGCCUACUCUUACGACAUGUGACUUUACUGUUUUCCGUUUUUGUUGAAAGAGUCAUUAACCGGAGUUGAUGGCAGUUUCAAUAACAGGUCAUUGCUGAGAAAAGGAUAGCACUAUAAUAUGCAGAAAUCUACAAAUUCUGAUACUUCUGUGGAAACACUGAAUUCUACCCGCCACGGCACAGGAGCUGUGCAAAUGAGAAUCAAAAAUGCCAACAGCCACCAUGACAGGCUCAGCCAGAGUAAAUCCAUGAUCCUCACCGAUGUUGGGAAGGUCACUGAACCCAUACCCCGACACAGAAGGAAUCAUUCACAGCAUGUCUUGAAAGAUGUAAUUCCUCCAUUGGAACAACUGAUGGUUGAAAAAGAAGGUUAUCUUCAAAAAGCUAAAAUUGCAGAUGGAGGAAAGAAACUAAGGAAAAACUGGUCUACUUCCUGGGUUGUUCUUUCUAGUCGAAAAAUUGAAUUUUACAAAGAAUCCAAGCAACAGGCUCUGUCCAAUAUGAAAACUGGGCACAAACCAGAAAGUGUGGAUUUGUGUGGUGCACACAUUGAAUGGGCCAAGGAAAAAUCGAGUAGAAAGAACGUCUUUCAGAUCACAACAGUAUCAGGAAAUGAGUUCCUUCUACAGUCAGAUAUUGACUUCAUCAUAUUGGAUUGGUUCCACGCUAUCAAAAAUGCAAUUGACAGAUUGCCAAAGGAUUCAAGUUGUCCAUCAAGAAACCUGGAAUUAUUCAAAAUCCAAAGAUCCUCCAGCACUGAAUUGCUAAGUCACUGCGACAGUGAUAUAAAAGAACAGAAACCAGAGCACAGAAAAUCUUUAAUGUUCAGGCUGCAUCAUAGUGCUUCUGAUACAAGCGACAAAAAUCGAGUUAAAAGCAGAUUAAAGAAGUUUAUUACCCGAAGACCUUCCCUGAAAACUCUGCAAGAAAAAGGACUUAUUAAAGAUCAAAUUUUUGGCUCUCAUCUGCACACAGUGUGUGAACGUGAAAAUUCCACAGUUCCGCGGUUUGUAAAGCAAUGCAUUGAAGCUGUUGAGAAAAGAGGUCUAGAUGUUGAUGGAAUAUAUCGAGUUAGUGGCAAUCUGGCAACAAUACAAAAGUUAAGAUUUAUCGUCAACCAAGAAGAGAAGCUGAAUUUGGACGACAGCCAGUGGGAGGACAUCCACGUUGUCACCGGAGCACUGAAGAUGUUUUUCCGGGAGCUGCCUGAGCCGCUCUUCCCUUACAGUUUCUUUGAGCAGUUUGUGGAAGCGAUCAGUCACUUUUUCAAAGCAAUAAACUCUUCAAGCUGAGCAACCAGCCAGGCAGCCUUCAUGAGUCAGCUUCCCUGGCAUCUUUACUUCUACUGAAUAGACCUGCUUUAAAAAUAUCUAUGUAACAAAAUGCAAAAUUUCUCCUCAAAAAAGGAGUUAUCUUGACCUAUUCCUCUAAUGGUGGGAUUGAGUGGCCAGGUUUUUUUUGCCUGUUAUCAAGUUCACUGCAUCAAUAGAUUAUAAUAAAAUUGAAGAUUGGAAGGUCUUCUUUACCACACAGAGCUCCAGUCUCAUUCCUUAUGCUUUGCUUGACACCCCAUUGUGAUCACCAGUGAUGAUUCUUCCAAAAUAUCUGCCCGCUGAUCCCCAACUCUGACUCAGGCCAUCUCUAGGAGAAUAGUUUCUCCUAUGUCCCAUAAAAAUUUCUUUGUCUCACCCAACCCAACAUGAUUCUAGUUCUAAAAACAGGCAAACUGAAUAACUGGCUUGCAUUUCAUUUUGAGAAAAAGCCAAAUUCCUUCCAAGGUCUUCAAAGUCCUUUAUGAUCUGGUCAUCCACAAGCUCUCCAACUUCAUCAUUUACUGUUUCCUGCCUUGCUCAUUGCAUUCCAGCCCAUUAGCACGCUGGCUCUUCUUUGAAUACCCCAGCACACUGAAGGUCUUUGACUGUUCCAUCUCUCUACUGAAACACACUCUCCCAGAUUGCCACUCCCCUGUCAACUCCUCAGGGAAGUCUACUUUCAUCAGCUAAGCUCAAGUUUCUGCCUGCACUACACACCACCACCCCCUCUAUUCAAAUCCUGUCUCCCCCUUUUACUAUCUAGACCUAGAGCAAAUUUUUAAUCUCUUUUGUCCUCCAUUUCCACAUCGAUAAAAUGGAGGGAAAAGUUAUAUCUUCACCACGGCAAUCAAAAAAAGAAUGUCAGGAAAUGCACUUAUUUACAGAGUCAUUGGCACACAGUAUCUAGUAAAUAUUUGCUGGUAUUAUAUUAUAACGCAAUCAGAGUGUCCUUUAGAUAACAGCCUCAGAGGACCUUGCUGUCCAUUCUCACUAAUUUUUCCACUUCUCUGGUAAAGCUAUUUCAAAUUAUAUGUCUUAAAGCAGCCAUCUUCAUUCUGCUUUAAUAUUUUGCUUUGAGAAUUCCACGCAGCACCAAACAUGUUUAAGAUAAUAUAGGAUAGUCUCUUGCUUCAUAACCCAGGGAUCCCAUUUUUUUUUUUUAUCUCAUGACAUCCCUGCUUUGUUCUGCCAGCCCUUCCCAAGCCCAACUCCACUUGGAUGGUCCAAAGCCUAUUGCUUUAUUAUAGAACUUACACCGUCAUCAUAACCGAGAUGCUAUCCAGCUUCUCCGACCUGAGCCUGCCUUGUUUCUACUAUGUGUUACCGAAUCUGUGAUGCUCACAGUGGCAUCAGAAGAGCCAACUCCAAAGUGAUGCCCUCUCUCAGUUGGGAAAUUUGUAACAUUGUAGAUCCCAAAAUGUUCAAAUUUAUCAACUAAAAUGAUCAAAGAGUUAUUAGCUGAACACAGGGACAGACACACACACUCAUUCUCCAAACUGGAAAUAUGUCACGUUUUCUUUCGGUUGCCACACAAUAUUCUAGCUUUAAAAUGUAGACUUUAAAAAAAAAAUCCUCUCAAAAGAACUUUCAUAUUAACCUCUCAUGAGCUUUUUAUUUAUUUAUUUAUUUUUAAUUUGUUGUAGAGUCAGGGUCUCACUAUGUUGCCCAGGCUGGUCUCAAACUCCUGGACUCAAGCAAUCCUCCUGCCUCAGCUUCCCAGAGUGCUGAGAUUACAGGCCAGAGUCACCAGGCUGGGCCUCAUGUGCUAUUUUCAAAGCCUGUUAUGGAAUAAGAAUUGAUUCUUAUCAGUUGUUUCUCUUGUUUGCCCACAUUCAGCUGGACUUUCUCAUUCGCUCAAGCAUUUGUCCUUUCUCCAGCCCUCCACCUCUCUGUCUGUCAAUAAAAGAAUUUUCCUGAAAUAGCUUCUAGGACUAUCAUAAGCUCCUUGAAUUGUGGCGUUUCUUCAACUGGCUCAUUCCUAUUGCUCUGCAGAAUUAAAUAUUAGAUGUGAUGGCUCCUGGAGUACUGUCAAAUUCCCAGGGGAAUUCUGCUCAUGUUGGAACAGUGGAAUAUCUGCACUGAGAAUUGCCAUGUGGUUUAGAGAAUGGAAUUUUUCUCUAGGGAUAGGCUCAUACAUUUUUACAUACACUGUGGAAACCAGAAACAUGGAAAAUGAAUGCACUGUUAUAGAAAAUGUGUAGUGGCGCUGGUGUUAAGAGUAAAAGCGAUAUGUUUGGAAAGAUGACGGCAGACAUAUAUUUUUCAAACCAUGAACUAUAAAAAUAUUAUAUUGGAUAAUUGAGGGUUUUCUCUUUUUGUUGGUUUAUUUAUAGUUUUCUAAUUAAUGUGUACUUUCCCCCACUUCCAUUUCAUUACAUACAAUGCCUUUAUUUUUCAGAAAUUAUAAUUUAAAAAGAUCAAAUACCUAAAGCUUAAGUCCAUGAUAACUGUCUAGCCAGACAGUUAGUUCUUGGCCCCUUUCCUUUUCCUUCUCACCUUGAGUGUCCAGCAGGUGAAAGGUUGACCCUUUCACAUUUCCAGCCCCUUCCUCUGCCAAGUAAUGGAUGGGCAGAUCUAAUUAGUACCAUCUGUCCCACUAGUUGCAGGUGGUCACUGUCUUACAAAGAGAUGAAAGCAACAAUCUUUUGAGCUUUUCUUCCAGGUUCCUAACUCCAGGCACAAUGGUAACAUUCUUCUUUGACACCUUGUAUGUAUUAUUCUCUGAAUAUCUAAUUGGUACCCAAGAAGAAACCAUUACCUCAUUGAAAUAUUCUUUGAAAAUUUCUAUGAAUUUGUGCCAUGUUAUGAAAGUGUUUUAGAAAAACUCGUCAGGAAAGAAGAAUGAUCCUGAGCAAAUACUGGACCCAGAAAGAUCUCAGAAGCUCCUGUCUGUAAGCUUGGAACUGUGAUGCUUAGAGCUUCUGAGAGCUGGACCCCCUGUGUUAGCUGAGUAGAAAUCUCUACCAAUGAGAAGGACCAGCCAGAGCACAACUAGAAAAACCACAUUGGUUAAUGUCAGAUUUCCAGCAGGAUCUUUCUCUAGCAGCUCCUUAAGUAUUUUUAAAACACUUAAAGUGUAACCUGCAGAGCCUGUUUGGUGUUCUCCUUUCUUCCUCGACACUUUCAGUAAUUUACCAUGAAUCAAAGUUUCCAGACACUUCAUCACCAAGAUCACACUCCCCCAAAUGUGCUUUUCUAAGGUUUGGAAAUUGUCUCAGUCAGAUCAGGAAGCAAUAGCAAAAUACCAGAGACUGUGUGGCUUAAACAAUAGACAUUUAUUUUUCACAGUCCUGGAGGCUGGAAGUCCAAAAUAAGAGCACCAGCAUGGUCAUUUCCUCCUGAGGGCCCUUACCCCGGCUUGCAGAUGGCCACCUUCUCAUUGUGUCCUCAAAUAUAAGAAAGAGUGGGCUCUAAUCUUUCCCUUUUCCUAUGAGGGCACUAAUCUUACUAUGAGAGUUCCACUCUCAUGACCCUAUCUAAACCUAAGUGCCCCUUAAAGACCCUACUCCAAAUACUAUAAUAUUGAGGGUUAGGACUUCAACAUAUGGAUUUUGGGGACAAAAACAUUCAGUGAAUAAGAGAAAUCAUACUUCAGUGGACUGUUUUAGGUGUACAACUUUAUCAGUACAGAAUAAAAUUUCCUCUUAUGGUCUCACAAUAUCUUUCUAUUACUGUGAUAUGAGAUUUGAUUUUUUCUUUAUUAAUAUUAUACUAUCAGGAUCCGAAAUUGAAUUUAUAGUCCAAGAUGUCAUUUUUACCAUUUUCUUUCUCAGAUAAGUUUGUACACUUUUAAACUUUCAUGCAGAAAUGUGCAUGCCAUCUUGUACCAUUGUACGAGAGAGUUUUGCUUUAAGUUUUGCAUACUCAGAAAAUUUAUGUCACUUGAGUCUCAUAACAACUGGAACUGGAACCAAAACUCACUUUUUAACUACAAAUUCAUUGAACCUUCCUUCUAGUAUUAUGAUAUUUACAAACCUGAGCGGUUUGUCUUCCAAGUCCACAUUUACAUCCUCAAAUACAUUCAAGACCAAGUAAGACAAACUGCAAGAUCAUUUAAAACAAUGGAGCAGUUAGAGACAAAAUCUUGCAACAUUUCGGGGAAGAACUUCAAAUAUCGUGUCAAUAAAAAACUUAGAGAAGAGACACUCCAAAUUUAAAAAGUGCAGUUUUCUAGAUAGUUGGACAACAUUUAGAAAGAAUUUGAAUCAUAAAUACUACAACCUAUUAGAGUAGUGGAAAUAUAAAUAAACCCCAUAAUGCCCAUAUGAUCAUAAUUCCAAUUUAUAAUAUACUAACCAUACUUUCACUUACAUGUAGCCAAUUGCUAUAUGUACAUUUCACAAUUUAAGUUCAUUUUUAUAAUACUCCCUUGUGGUCAGUAUUAUUCCUAUUAUUUUCAUUUGGGAAAUUUAGACUAAUCAGUAUUAAAUAGCCUCCCUGAGUCUACCAGUUGGUAAUUUGCAGAGCUAGAAUUUGAACCCAUAAUUGAAAAAUUCCAAAGGUGCUACUCUUCACCACUCAACUACAGUUUUUGACCAAUUUAAACAAAGUGAUUAACAAGUGUCUAUUUAGAAAUGAGAUAAUUGGUAGAUUUAGAUGUAGUUCAGAUAAAGGCUGUAUGUUGUUAAAAACUACAAUGAGGGAAACCAAACAGAACACAAUUGAAUUUCUCUGCUCAUACACAUGGUCUCAAAACCUCAUUAUUAAGAAAAGCUUCCAUCUUGACUAUUUAAAACAAAUUCAACAAUUUUUUAAUUGCUUUAUGUAUCCAAGGCAACAUUAUAGGUACUCAUUCUUGCGGCUAGAUCACUGGAAAAAAUUUUAAAAGUAAAAUACACACCAGUGAAAUUUAAACACACCUAGCAGAUGGAGAAGGCUAAAGGGUAAGUAAAUUUAUUUGCAACAAACAUUUAAUUUAUCUUUUAGGAAUGUUAGCUAAGAGCACCUAUUUUGUGCAGAAUGCAUCACUAGAAGAAAACAACAACAAUCACUUUAGCAAUAAACUCCCCAUAUUCCAAAUGCUUAAAGGUAGAAAGAAGGCAUUAUAUCCUUAUUGCAAUCCCCAGCAAGUGAAUUAGGAAAUGAUAUUGUAAAAUUUCUUACAACUUUUAUCAUAUAUGUUAUUUAGUUAAAAGGUGAAGCUAUAGCAAAGUGUCACUUCAUCCCUCAUGUCAUGUGCUAGAAAAGUAUUUUCAUGGAGUCUACAAAAUAAAUCCAUUAUUUCAAACCUCUAUACCCAUAAUAAAAAGAGCCCAAUUAUAAUUAAAAUACUAAUACUGUGUCUACUUACAUUCAGUGGUAUUCUACUUUUUUAAAAAAUGCUUAACAUCUUUGUUAAAACAUAGCAAACUUGCAGAAUAAGACCACAGAUCUUAAUAGGAUUGUAAGACUAUUUUUAGUUGGGAAAUUUUUUAAAUGAAAUUUGCUUUUCAGGCUUGUAUGUUUGUGACUCCUUUUUUCUGGCAAUUGUAAAUUUUCUCUACUGAGUUCAUUACAAAACUGAAUAUAAGUUGUCUCGUGUCAAAGUACAGACCCAUGUAAUGUUGUUUUAUAUCUGUUUAUCUGACAUAAGCUUCUCUGGAAUAGGACACAUGUUUUACUGAUCUUGUAGUUCUGGCACUAAAUGAAUUUUUAAAACAAUGUGCUCUGUGGCGGUUGUUUCAUGUAAUUUCUCUCUGAACAAUCCAUAGUAAUUAGCAGCAAUGAUCCUACACUACGGAAGUAGGGAAUCAGAAGGAAGAGGGUAGAGAGAAGGUGAAUGGCAGAGGUGGAAACAAUGCUUAAUUCAAUGCAUUUUGUUGCCAGUAAAUUCAAGAAUUAACUGCUUACGUCUCCCAAAUAUUUCUAUCUGCGUUAUGAGCUCUGUUACACAGCUACUGCCACAGGACUAGGUGGACUCUAACACUCACAUUUUUUACAUGUCAAAGAAGUAUUACUACUACUUAAUUUCCAGAAAUUUCAUCUUGGUGGUUUAAAAGUUUAUGAGAAAAGAUGGGAAAAAUUAAAUGAGCGAAUCAAGUCUUUUGACCAGGCUAGUGAACUUUCGCAGUCUUGAAAGUGUUACCUGAACUUCUGCUAGUACGACUUGCCAGCCUUAAAUGCAGAGCAGUGGUGGAGAGAACAGUGAAACUGUACUAUAAAAAUAAAUUACUGUCAUGAAUAUUAAGCAACAAGAAUAUAAUAAACAUGACUGUUUGCAUGAUUCUGAUUUAUUGGUACUGAUAUGCUUAUAAAUUAUGACACUAAGUGUUUAUUCUAGUUGUUUCAGAAUAUGGGCCAAACAAAGCUGGGUGGACACUUCCUGCAGACCUGACCAUCUGCCACCAAAUUCCUACUUCACCGCUCGUGUCGUUGUGUUUCUUAUGUCGAUGGCAUCAGGACCAUGUGUAAACAACCAUUCCCUUUUAGUUCACUUUGCAGACUGAAGUAGGUUGCCCUUCCAGGACCUGGUGUGACAACCAUCAUCCUGAAGUUUGUGAUGUCUUGCAGUGGAACAACUCCAGCUGCAAUGCAUCCCAAAGGCUGUUCCAACUUACACUGUUAAACAAUGCUCACUUUUGACAUAAGAGGGUCCAUUACUGUAUUUAUGAACUUCUUGGCACCAGAUUGGGGAUUUCCCAAUGCUAAGCAGCACUGCAUUUUGCAUACUUGCUUAGAGGUGGGUGUUCCAUAAAACUGGUGCUGAGAGGUUAAAGACCUAAAAAAAAAAAAAAAAAAAAAAAUCUUGUAUUCAUAUAGAGUACUUCAACAGCCAUAAGAUAACUACACAAGUAGCACAAUGUUCUUGCUAAUAUCCACAAGUAAAAGUAAGAUUUGCCAUUGGUUUUAAUUGACAUUAUUUGGAAUCAGAUAUUUGUUCAACAGAUGGCAAGAAUAAGGUAUCACACAAGAAAAUAGCAUUCUCCUGCUUCAAGUUUUUAGCUUUCAUGUUACAUUUAAUCAAAGGUUACUUCAGGAGAUUAAUUAUUUUAAAAUCUUCUUUUCUCUAACGUUGGUGGAAAUCUGCAAGGAAGAUAGCCAGUAAAUUUAUAGUAAGCUUAACAAAAGAUGUAAUUUUCGCAUAAAGUAUUCUGUAAGGGUAAAAGUUGCUGCUACCUGUAAAGAACGAUUUAUGAUAUAAACUUAGCUAUAGAUGAAAUGCCAAAGUUCACAAUGAGGCAAGACUUGUUACAGCUUUAAAUUGGAACUCUUAGAAAAUUCAUAGAAGGACUUUUGACUAUAUUUAGCAAAGGGCUUUAAAAUGUGCAUGCCUUGUACUGGCAAUUAUAUGUCUAGAAAUUUAUCUUAGGAAAUUUUCAGAGAUAUGCACAAGGAUGUGUACAAACUUGCCCGUCAAAAUGUUAUUUAUAAUAGUGAAAACCAUAGAAGUAUGUGCACAAACUUAGGGAAGGUUAGAUUAUGCCCAUUUAUAUAAUGAAAUACUAAGUUAUUGCUAAGUUGUGCUAUAGAAAGCAUUUUACUUCACAAGGUAAAACGCCAAUAAAUAUUACGAGACUACAGUAUGAUAUGGCAUGUAUAGUAUGAGCCUAUUGUAAAAUAUGUUUGUAAAUAUUUAUAUGUAGAGAAAACAAUGAAAGGAUUUACUUAAAAACAUUGGCAGGUAAUGAUUAUAUAGCCUUUGUUUCUUCAUUUUUUUGUUUUUCUGUGUUCAAGUUUCCACACUAUUAUUAAGUAUUUGUAGUGAUUUUUUUUAAGUGUAAGAAGAAGGUGAGUAGACGUUGUUGGAGGGGAUUUCAGAAUCAGUUGCUCGAGGGCCUCUCAUACCUGGCUUUUUGACCCAGCUCACCUUUGUAGAAACAGAUUCCUGGACCAACCCAGAUAGGUGUUGAUUCGUUAUGCCUCGGGUGAGGUUUAAACGUGUUUUCUAAAGAAACCAUGAGCAAACCCUUAGGUGAUCCUGGCGACAGUCACAUUUGGGACCCAUUUAUUUUGGUUCUUUUUCCUUGAUGAAGCCAAAUAAGAGAAGAGCAGCUCUUUCUACUUGUAGUAUGUUGAUAUCACAGCAUCUUGGUCUGAGCCAUGCUGUAUGCUCCUCGAGGAGAGUACUGAAGAAGUAAUAGGUAUAUACCCUGAACUAGAGAAUAACAUGUGAGCACAUAUGAUCUAGCAGCACAGUGAAUGAUGAAGACAAUAAACACUCUACAGAAGGGAAAGACAAAAAUGCAGUGUUUGGGAAGACUCCAUGAAGGAGGCAUUAGGAGUAUAUGGAGUUUGAAGAGCCAGCCAGGAAAUGUUGGCUCCAGCCAAGCACUGACUCCAGCCCUGAGAUGAAGCUGCUGUUUUGUGGAAAGUGAGGAAUCUGGGUUGAAGGCAGCAAUGAUUUUGGAGACAGCAGCACAAAAUAAAGGAGAGCAGAUACAGUUAAUCCAGUAUUAUGAAUCCUUGAAGGCAAAGCAGCAAUUCUGUAUCCUCCUGCCUAGCUUUGUACUUUCCACAGAAAAGGAAUUUAGUAAAUUCUUGGUCUAUAAAUUAACUAAUUAAUUGCAGAGAAUUCAAUACUGCCUAUGGUUUAAAUUUUAUGCUGCAGGCAGGGAAAACUCCAUUAAAGAUUUUUGAGAAAGGUAGUGGAAAGCAGAAACUCAUGUGUUGAAGAAAAUAAUGUGGUGAUAAUUGUUAGGAUAUGUUUAAGAGGAGAAGGGAAGCAGGAAACCCCAUCAUGAUUUGGCACCACAUUUGGCUAUCACCCAAGUAUAACCUUAGGCAAGUGACCUCAGUGCUCUGGGACUCAUGCAUGGAUAUGCCUCAAGAGGCUCAUGCACCACUCCCCCAGAAUAUUGGCCAAACUGUGUACAUGUGCAUCUGUGUAUUUUCCGGAGCAAGAUUCCUAGAUGUGUGACACCCUCCUCCCCAAAAAAAGUUAUAGAAUAAGUGUUACUCAAAGUGUAAAGACUGGUAGCAUCAGAAUCACCUGGGAUCAUGUUAGACUGUAUAUUCUAGGUCCCCACUCCAGACAUCCUUUAUGACAACCAGUGAAGAUGGAGCCUAGAAAUCUGUUUUUACAAGCUCUCCAGGCUAUUCAUAUGCAGGCAAAAGUUUAAGAAGCAUCUAGUAGCUCGGUUACAUCCAAGGUGUUUACCAACUUAAAAAAAAUGACUAUUUUGCAAAAGAGUAAAAGGAAUAAAUGAAGGAAAAGAAGAAACCAUAUGUAAAAGAUUACAAGAAAGAAAGUUGCAAUGAUUUAACGACAUCUCAGAUAAACAAUCUGGGAAGAAAGAGAUGGGUUAGCUUUUGAAACUAGUUAACCAUGAGGAUAGAAAUGUACAUGACAGAAAUUCAGAAGCUAUGUUGAUGAGUUGUUUUACACACAGUAGAAAACUGAAUCAAACACAAAGCAGCAGUCAGAUGAUUCUUCUUACUGGCAUUGUUUCUACAGACAGAAUCUGGACAGUUGUAGGGGCAAAAAGGUACAAUAUAUUUUCCUUACCCAUUUUGAGGGCCAUGGCUGACACCCCUAUAACAAAAGAAAGAUUAGCAAGAGGAAAGCAUAACAGAUUUAUUUAAACAAAAAUGUGAUACAGGAACUUUCAGAAAUGAAGAUCCAAAGACCUAGGGAAAAUUGUGCAUUUUUAUGUUAAGGUUUAAUAAAGAAUGAAAAGACAUGUAGAAAUGUGGUUGGACAAAAAAAUAUGAUCUAAUGGUAAUGUUUGUUCAGGCCUGUUUGUUCAAAUUCUUUUCUGUGUCUCUGUAUGACAUUCCUUCCUCUGGGUAGAGGGCAGGACACCUGUCACAUCAGGGGAAAAGAGAGAAAGUCAGAGAAUGACAUUUCUAGGUUUUAUGACUUGUUUUGGGGAAGAGUUCUAGUUUAUAUGACCAGCUUCUGGGGAGAAAUUAGAGGAGAAAGGAGUGCAGGCAAAGAUCAGAGAGAACUUUUUGCUUCUGAGGCCCUUCCAACUCUUCUUCAGUUCAAAGUACUCAGUGUGCCAAAGGGCCAUACUUAGAGGUGUAGUGUUCUGAGCCCCAACACAAUUCAUUGUAUCUUUGUGCUGCAAGGAAUUUGUUCAAGAUCACCCAACUGAAUCUUUACAGCUAUUGGAACAUUGAAUAACCAGUCAGAAGUCGACAGUGGUGAGAAUAAAAGUUUGACCAAAUCAAUGAUACCAAGAUAUAAAUUGCUGUGUGUGUGUGUGUGUGUGUGUGUGUUUGCAGAAAAAUAUUCAAUCCUAAAACUGGGAUUCCCUCAUGUGAAAAAUAUAAAUGUGUAUGCAUGUUAAGCCAUUUUAGUUCUAGUCCUCAUUUUAAGUGUCUGAAUAGUUCUUAAUAAGUUACAUUGACUUUAUAGCACAUACUUUUAUCUGAGCAUGUCAGUGACAACUCAGGCCCCUUCUAUCUGCUAUCCAAAUAUAGAACAGAAAGUAUAGAAAACUGUAUGUUGGGGGACAGCUACUGCCAUGUAAUUAUGAAACCACUUCAUACAAUGAGCAUGUUCAGAAUAAGAGUAAAUGAUUGGAUGAAUAUGUACAAUGCAAAAUUCCUAUUUCGUAAGUUUGAGAUUGCUUUUUAAACAGCAUUAAGAAGUAAUCAAAAAUGGUUAAUUGAACAGGCAAAAAUGAACUUUGGCUAAUUUUGACAUAAGCUUUUCAGCUCUGCAAGCCAAAAGUUAUCUUUAAAGUAAAUGAAACCAACUCCUUUAAUUCAAGAAAGAGAAGAUAAGCAGAUUGAAAAGAACUUUUAAAUCUAAGUCUACACUAUCAUUAAGUGUACUUAGAUUUGCACUGUGUAAUUAUUAUGAUUGUAGCAAUUAAUCAAUCAACUGAUUAACAUAUAGGGUCAGCAGGAUCCAGUGAUCUUAUCUUGAAGCUUGAAUUAAUUAAUUACACUUUUUUCAACAUUAUUAUUUUCUAUUUGCGUACCCAGUUUGUACAAGUUGCCCCUUAUUGACAAAAUGUGGUUUAGUCUCUGUACUUAACACAGCAGGUAUGAGCACUCACUGAGGUACUUUUGCUCAUAUAAAGUCAGAAUUAUAAGGAAACUAAAAUAUUGUCAAUACUUUCUUAAAUAAUUGUUUUUUGUUAUUUUUCAUUAUCAAAUACAUAAAUUAUAAAAAUUAAUAAGAUUCUUUUAAAUGGUAGAGAGCAUAAGAUCAAAUAACUUGUCUGAGUAAGUCAAAUGCAAUAAUACAUUGAAGUAUCAUAUAAUCAGUAUAUUAUUCAGGAAAUUCAGCUUAUAUUGUAAGAAAUGCCCCAACCUGCACCUUGAAAACAAAUGCUUUUUAAAAAAUAUUUUUAAAAUAGUUUCAAAUACGAAAUCUCUUUUGCAGAAUCUCUUUUGCUAAGUAUUUGCAAAAUGUACAAAAUGGCAUUAUUCCCAUUCAUUAGAUGAGGAAACUGAAGCAAAACACAUGAAGUGGUUUGUCCAGAGCCUCCCAGAUAGCUAUUCCAGCAGUAAUGGAAUUGAAAAGCUCUUUCACCAAAUAUGUACUGAGGACUUUUUCAGCACGCACUAAUGUUGAAAGUAGAAACAGUAAGAUGAACAGGGCAUGGUGUUGCACUCAAGAAAUUCACAGUCCAGCAGGGGAAACAGACAUGUGAUGAGAUAUUUACAAGUGCAGCACCAUAAUAAAUGUAUGAAAGGCUGCGAGAGCAGAAGGGUAAGAAUGUCAGUGCAUUCUUCUAUUCUAUUGCUCCUGGUGUUUCCAAUGACACUCUUGAUGGAGUUGUUUCAUAUGAAAGAAGGUGGAAUGCAAAAAAAAAAAAAAAAAAAAAAGAUUGUGAUAUGAGACCUGUUGCAUAUGCUAAAGCUGCUUUUUUUUCCUUCUUUUUCCUAGAAACCACUUAUUAGCAGGGCCUGUCUCAGUUGGAGGCUCUGCCUUUUUGCUUACAGACUGUCUGACGCCUUUAUAAAGUGGGCCACUGCAUUGUUGAUUACUACACACCAGGGUGGUCUGCGAGCCACUGUUUUCUGCCACCCCACAGUGAGACAGCAUCUUCUGAUGUUCUGGUCUCAUAUGUCCUUAGAGAACGGUUUGUGUUUCCUAAGAAGCUUAAGUCUGGAUGAUUUACAUGUAACAUUUUAAACUCCAGUUGCGUAAUGCCUUGACUGGGAUUUAUAUAUUCUGAAAACAGUUUUUCAGUUCUGUAUAUGACAGUUAGUAUGUAUUGUAUUAUCUACUCUCAUUUAUCUAUGAGACCAGAGAAGGGAUGUGACCCACAGUAAUGGGGAUCUAAAAAGCCUGUCCUCUCCUGCAAAAUAACAUCAUGCAGUAGAUGCUCUGACCACAUACUAUAAUCUCAUAAUCAAAUGAUCAAGUGCUUGUCAAUCCAAAUAAAAUAUGUUUAAUUUUGACUUAAAAAGAAAAGGAAACCAAGAGUAGCAAUUGGAUUAAGACAUGAAAUGGUCAGUUUCCUUCUGCCUGCAUUGAGUUUAUUUUCCCCACGUACUCUUUUGCUUUUCUUUCAAGUGAAAUGGCAUAUUUUCUGGAUGUGAGAGUUCAUCAAAUGAUUACAAAAAAAAGUCAAAAAAUAAUUCUAAUCUGUGAAUGAAAAAUGGACAUUGAUACUUACCUUCAUAAGUAUUAAAAGAAAAAUAAUACAUGAAAUUCCAUAGAAUUGUCCUAUCAUGCUAUACUGACUCAAACCCGAAGACCUACAGUAUGAUAUUACUAAUAUAAUACAUGUGGUGGGUGUGAGUAAACGUGUGUGUGUGUGUGUGUGUGUGUGUGUGUGUGUGUGUGUUUUAUCAUUGCCAUAGUAUAAAAUAGUUGAAUCAGCUUCCACUUGACUAGAUGAGAGCUCUUAGUUCUUAUUUUGAAAGCAAUCAAUUGAGCAUGGUUAAUUAGGAUAUCACCAAGUAGUUAAAAAAAAAAAAAAAA